AUGUUAGGUAUAUCUGAUCCUUCUCAGUUGCCUCCGAGCCUUUCUAGCAGUCGAUACCAUCAGCAAAGUGCAUUAUAUAUUACAUUGUGGUAUGUAGCUCCGCUAUCAAUUCAAAAGUUGUUGCUGCUCCUGUUAAGAUCUGUGAAAGAUUUUAAAUUGGAUAUUGCUGGUGUUUUUAUUCCAUCUCUUGAAGGCUUUUCUACGCUUAUCACUUCGGCAUUAUCAUAUUUCACAGUAAUAUAUUCUAUGUGA